CUGCUGCAAGAUAUCCAGUUACUCCAGGAAAAAUUGUCCAUUUUUCUGUUCGCUGCGGCCGUGUAAAACAUUUUCCGUGCAAAAACCGCACGCCAUAUCCCUCCAGUGAAUGGAUUUAACAGUCUACAAUGAUGUACCCAGCGAUACGCCUGGCACAUAUUGCCGCUUUUGCUUUCGUGAAACCAGCCUGGUACCGAUCUUUCAUCCAACGACGAGUGAACCGUUGAAUCUGGAGUUGAUAACGGUAAUUGUGGACUGUAUUGGCGUGUUGCUGAAACCCGAGAUGGAUUUCCCCUCCGCGGCGUGCCAGAACUGUCUGCAGCUGAUGCAGGAGUUUCAUAACUUUCGAAGGCGUGCCCGAGAAUAUGAUAAAGUCAUACGUUCCAAGAUACUGCCCCGUAUCGAGCCGGAAGUGAUCAUCGUGAAACAGGAAGCGUCCGACCUCGAUAACGUCGUGUACGAUCACGAGCAGGCGGUGGAUAAGGAAAGCAGUAGUAGCAGCACGCUGACUGCCGACGAAUCUCGUGACGCCUCGAUCGAUGUGCUAGAUCAGUUGCAGCAGCUACACCAACAGGCGCAGCUACAUCAGCAGCAGCUGUUUCUGCACCAGCAACAGCAACUGCAACAGCUGCACCAGCAGGCACAGGACCAGGAACAGAGCGAAGAGCAGGAACCAAAGUUUAGCAUGAGUGCCAUUUUUAAUGCGCAAGCAAAUGCCUUGGCGGCCGUGGCUGCUGCCGCUGCCGUUAAUCCGAUACGCACCCAAACACGCAGCCAAUCAAAGCGCCAAUCGGCAUCCGGUUCCGUGCCACCGGCACUGGAAGAUAACCGAUGCAUGGUGUGCGGUGAAAAGUUUCAAUCUCGCGAUGUCUGGGUGGCACAUCUAGCGGUGCACACGGUCGAGCGCCCGUUUCAGUGCCACAUUUGUUUGGCACAGUUUAAAACCAAAUACGUACAACAAAACCAUAUCCGGACGGUGCACGAAAACGUGCGCAGCUACCGAUGUCCGAUCUGUACCGAGCCUAGUCGAAUGUUCAAGAGCAAGCGUACGCUCGAGGAUCACAUGCGUUACCAUACGGGGGAACGGCCGUUUGUGUGCUGCAUUUGUAAGAUAACCUUCUCGUCCGGUAGCGUACACCGCAACCACAUGUACCGAGUACACCGGGAGAUGCGCAAGAAGGAUCGCCGGUGUAACUACUGUGGCAAGGUGUUCGACCGCAUUCUCGACCUAAAACGCCAUCAGACCAGCUACUGCGAGAAGAUAGUCGGACGGGAAAUAGCCGGCCGGUUAUAGGUCGGGGGGAUGGUCGUGCCAACCUGAAGGGUUUGUGAACCUUUCGAGAGAUGAUUAUGGUAGGAAUAAGCGAAAUCAAGCGGAGAAAGUAUAUAUGUGCUUACAUUGUGCAACCUAUUAUGUUGAGUGUAAAUGUAUUAAUCUAUAUUUGUACCUUUUUUUUAGCUAAAAAAACGAUAAAAGAACAACACAAUUGGCCACAUUAUGCGUACGAACACGCUAGCUGUUGUAAAUAGCCAAAAUAUGAAAACGAUGUGAAACAUAUCUAAAGAACGUACAAUUCUUGAUGUAACUCGCACUGCGGUGGAGAGGACCAAUACGAAUGAGCAUGUGAUAUAUCACCACCAU